GCGCCUUUUCUCUUUCUUCUCUCCUCUUUUCUUUCUAAACCCUAACCCAAUUAGUUCAUGAAAUUUUUAUUUGAGCGUUCAUUAUUGUUUUCUGCUUUAGAGGUAUUUAUGUUUCGUCUCUAAGCAUGCUGAAUUGCUUGCUGAAUUGUUGUAAAUAGAAAUUCUAUAUUUCCGUUGGCCUAUCUUCAUUUCCGCCGCCCCAAUUUCCACCGCUUCGGCCUCUCUGUUUUUUUUUUUGCCUCCAAUUAUUAUAUGAUCGACCUUCUCACUCUAUACAAGUGAAUUUGUUCAAAUCUGACGCCACAAGUCUCAGAUUGGAGUUUCUAUCCUCUGAAUCCAUCCCAAAAUGAAGCCAGAUUUCUUCAAAAAUCUACCACCAGAAAUCAUCAGCGAGAUCUUGUUAAGACUACCUGUUGUAAGCAUUCCAAUAAGCAAAUGUGUUUGCAAGCGAUGGCUCCAUCUGCUGGAGUCUGAUGAUUUUAUCAAGUCUCAUUUUGCCAGAUCCGCCCCCGCCCUAGUUGUUGUGGGGGAUUCAGGUCGGUUGAAAGUUUUCGAAUUGGAAAGCGAGCUCGAGCUGGACCUCGAGAGCCACGAUCCACUCACCAAGUAUGAUUUCCCUUACCACCGAGGAAAAAUAAAGAGUUCUGUUAAUGGUUUACUUGUUCUAAUGAAGUGUGUUUAUGAUGGUGUGAAGGUGAGUCUUAAUAUGCUUUAUGUAUGUAAUCCGAUCACUCGUGAAGUUAUUAAGCUGAAUGUGCCUUCAGAUUCGCAACUAUCUACUUCAAAAGUAUCUGCUUUUGGAUUUGGGGCAAGCAGAAUCACGGGUCGAUACAAGAUGGUCUGUGUUAAACUUAAGCCCUAUGAUGAUAAAUUGGACUGUCAUGUAUACACUCUUGGAACAGGAUCUUGGCGACGCCUUGAAGAAUGUUUUAGCUUCUUUAAAGCUCCUCCUUAUCAUGCUCAAGGAUUGCCCUUCAUAAGAGAAAGGUCCGUGUCUGCUUUGAGCGGUUGCCUAUGGUUUUCGGAGGAAUCAACCAAAUAUGAAAAUGAUGGCCGGCAAUGUGAGCUUGUUAUAUGGAUUAUGAAGGAAUAUGGAGUGGACGAAUCUUGGAGCAAGGAAUAUGUGAUCCCCCUUGAUGAUGACACGAGGUUUGUUGUCCCCAUCAAAGUUUUCAAAAAUGGUGACCUAUUGAUGUUAGAGACGGUAUACUUUCCGGGGCGCCUUUUCUACUACUCUAACAAGAAUAAAACUAUGCAAAGGAUCGAUUUGUUUGGUGCAGGGAAGGCCUCUGACUGUGUCGAGUGUGGGCUUUUCACUCCCACCCUUGUUUCACUCAAAGCUUUAGGUUUAGGUGUGGAGAAUGUAAUCUCAUUCUGAUUGUUUGCAUUUUCAUAAUGCUACCAUCAACUAAAUGUAUGUUUGAAGAUUGAAUUAGUAAUGAAGCAUGUCAUUUAGAUCAAGGAAACUAUCUAUAUAUAUUAUGGUUCCUUUUGGUACAUUUCUUAGUGGCAAUGAUGUUGCUCCUGCUUGUAUAGUUUGAGGGAUUACCUGUGUUUUUUUGUGAUGAUGAGAUUGUUGUUUGUUAUAUAUGGAUUUAUGCAUUGAUAUCUGUCAAUAUGAAAUAAUUGCACGAAAUAAGAAAUUGCACUUAAUUAAAAAGUAUAAUAGUGGAACACAAAAAAACAGAAUAGAGGAUGGCAUGUGUAAAGAUUAAAUAAUAUGUUAUGUCUCUUGGAAUAGGUGAUUAACAUUUCGGAAUCCAUAUAUUUGACUUGUACCAGGUUUAGGCUUGUGAAGCUCUUUUUUCUGACUCUCUUUCAUGCCUCCUCUAUCAACGUUAGCAAAGCCCAUUAAUGAUGAGGAUAAUGUAGGCAAGUUUCUGUAUUUGGAAGGCGUGAAAUAUAUCAUGUGGUGCACGUGCAAUGUCCACUUCUAAGCAUCUUUCUCGCUUCUUGAACUGUUUCCGAAGAUCGAGCUCAGCAUACAGCGGGACUUUGUUUGCAGGUAUCUAGAGAGUCUGUUUGCAGGUACAAGUUUACUCUUCUCAAUGAGCUCUAUUCUCUAGUUGUCUGUGGAACAGUUUGGAUUAUGGUAAAGAACAGUUUCUAUUUUCUUGUUGUUGGUGGCAUAAUUUGGAUUAUGGUGAAGAACAGUUUGGAUUAUGGUGAAGAAGAUAGCAAUGCUUGUGGGCACACUCAGUUUGGUAGAGUGUAUGAGAAAGGUGGGAAUUUUUUUAUCUCAUAUUUGAUCUUUAAACUCUGUUAAAGAAGUAGAUGAGGGAUUAUUUAGGCCUCUUCUUCGGCUUUGAUCAAUUGUUUGACGUUUGUAUUUGCAAUUUGUGAUAUGUAGGGGGGCAUUACCCUGAAUGGUAUGAGCAUCAGUUUCGUCGGAUGUGAAUUGAAAGCCCGUAUAAUUUUCUAACUUUGUGAUUGAUUUCCCACUGUCAAAAACAUGAAAAGAAUUACAGCAUUGGUGAAGUGCAGAGCAUGUUUUGGGAGAUGGCCAAGUGGGAUAACUCGAACGAUUUGCAGUGGCUUCGUGGACAGUCAAGCGAUGUGGGCAGCUAGCACGAUGGAGAUGAAUAGGGUUCAAUUCGCGGUCAGAUUGAUCCUUUUCCUUGUUAAAUAAAUCUAUGAUCCUCUAUCUCACUCUCAAUGUUCUUGCACAAACUCUAUACCAUUUCACUCUCUAAGAGGCAGCCACCUUGGUUUUUUCCCUUUAUUUUAAUCACAAUUAAUAUUGCUCAUUUAUGGUUUAGCUGUUUGGGUGAUUUUAUUAAUAUUCAAGAAUUGGGUUUCUGUAUAAUUGAUGGUCAAAGACUCAAAGUUCUGAUUUUUAUGAGCUUGGAGCUGUGAUAUUCAAUUUUUCUAGAUGUGGUUUUU